UUGGCAAUUUCCUAAACACAGCAUAGUCACUUCAGCGUCAACCGAGGCCAGGGCAGGGGGAAGGUGUGUGUGAGUGUGUGUGUGUGUGUUGGAUGUAACACGGGCUUGAAAACGACCUGCUGAAACAGAAGACAGUUGGACACCGUUUGACAUGAGCAGGGUGCCCUGACAUGGACACAGAGAUGAUUCCCAAAUUUUCGUCAAAGGAUGAGGAAGUUGAUUACUGGAAGUCACAAGCCCUCAAAUAUAAGAAAAGUUGCCAUGAUGCACAGGAGGAGUUGCAGGAGUUCCAGGAGGGGAGCCGUGAACUGGAGGCUGAGUUGGAGGCACAGCUCAGCCAGGCUGAACACCGCCUACGAGAUCUACAAACUGAAAACGAGAGACUGAAGAACGAGGUGGCCAACCUCAAGGAUAAGCUGGAGCAGCAGUACGCCCAGAGUUAUAAACAGAUCUCAAUGCUGGAGGACGACCUGGGCCAGACUCGCAGCAUCAAGGAGCAGCUCCACAAAUAUGUCCGUGAGCUUGAGCAGGCUAAUGAUGACCUGGAGAGAGCCAAAAGGGCUACAAUAGUGUCUCUUGAGGACUUUGAGGGCCGUUUGAACCAGGCCAUUGAGAGAAAUGCCUUCCUAGAGAGUGAGCUGGACGAGAAGGAGUCUCUUCUUGUGUCUGUGCAGCGGCUGAAAGAUGAAGCACGAGACCUGAGACAGGAGCUGGCAGUACGGGAGCGGACUACAGAUAGGAUGUCUGCACCCAGCUCACCCACCUUAGACACCGACAAGAUAGAUUCUGCAGUACAGGCCUCUUUAUCCCUCCCAGCCACGCCAGUAGGAAAGAGCAUAGAGCACCCCUUCAUCAGCUCAAAAGCUCUGACCAAUGGCUGUGGCAGCUCAUCCCUCACUCCUUCUGCUAGAAUCUCAGCUCUUAACAUUGUUGGUGAUCUCCUGAGGAAAGUUGGGGCCUUGGAGUCCAAACUCGCCGCCUGUAGGAACUUUGCCAAAGACCAGGCAGCAAGAAAAAGUUAUUCCACUGACAACGGCAAACUUAUCAACAGCAAUGCUACCAAAUUCUCUCACUCUCUACAUACCUCUUACUUCGACAAAACGACUGUUAAUGGUUUGGACCCUAGCUCCUUGACCUCCAUGGCAUCAUCCAGAGCUGUGUCUCCACCAGGCAUGCUGCCUCUGAGUGUGUGAGGCAUCCCCCAUGCCAGAGAAGACACUUUGAAAGACCAUUACAUUGUGUGCUACCAGUGUAUGUGUGUGUGAGAGCGACAGAGGGCGUUUGAAAGGAAGAGUUGUGUGUGUGUGUGUGUGUGUGUGUGUGUGUGUGUGUGUGUGUGUGUGUGUGUGUGUGUGUGUGUGUGUGUGUUUGGGAUUGUGCAUUUUUGAACCUGAUGUGUGGAAGAGAGGCUUGACUAUACAAUUAACUUGCCUCCAGGUUGCAGCUCUAAAUGCAUCUGUGAGUAGGUGCACAGUUAUUUGUGCAUAUUUUCCUACCACAUACUUGCAUGUGCCUAAAGCUGUACUGUACUGUGCUCGUAUGAAUGUUAUUGCAACGUGUUGCUCUCUAGAUGUCAACUCUGAAGUGGUUAUCUUCUUCUGUCAACUUUGAAGUGGCUAUCCACUGUUCAUUUGAAAACUACUAUCCCUGACAAAAGGUCCUUAACAGACUACAGCUUCAUCUUAGCCUUUUUUCCCCCCCUGUAUUUUCACUUAAAUUGCACAGUUAAGCUAAUUUCAAUUUAGAAUGUAUUAUAUUUAAAAAGGGAUGUGUUUAUAUUAACUAAUUUAUCUCACAGUAUGCUUUAAAAUGCAAUAUUUCCUAUUUUGCAAUUUCUUUGCAUGUGUGCAUAUGUAAUGUGGGGUUGGAGAGGUAUAGUUGGACCUCAUAUUCAUGACUGAAGUGAAUGUUGAUCGUUCAAAGCCAUGUAGCCAUAGUGCAGUCUUUCCUCUUGUUACUGGCUACUUGCUGCAAUUGAUCUGGAAGUAGUCUUUGUGUUAAUGGUUGGAGAUAUCAGCUGGUUCUGUCCUCUGGGUCAAACCUGCACUUAAACACACAGCUCCUCGCAGGUUUCGCUGCAGUCCAGUGUUUUCCUCUUUGGGCAUCCAUUGGCAUUUUGAGGGAACAGUUUUGCUUUUUUUUAAAUGUUUAAUGUGGAUAUAUAUUUUUUUUUUUUUUCUUUUUUUUUUUUUCAAGUAUUGUGACAGGCUCAUUUACCUCGUUCUGAUGCAAUGGCUAUUAUCCAUGGUGGAUUUUUAAUAUAAAACCCACACAAAGGUAUACACAAAGCAAAACAGAAAAGAGUCAAGGAAACCUUUUGAGAAUGUUAACUUUGACUGGUUUAUGUGAAUUCAUGGUAAAGUGUGGCCUUUGUGUCAUGCAGCACAUUUGCUGACUCUCUGUUAAUUUGACUUUGACUCUUGGAGUUUUAGCAGGUUGGAUAUUGGCAAUGUAUUCAUUUUACAUCCCUGAUUUUUGUCUAAAUCCAUUUUGCUCACAGACGUCUCCUCAUCAUAGAUCUUUGUGUCACCGUUUCGAUAUAUCAAAGCAUAUUGGAAGCCUUUAGCAUUCACAGUUAUUUAAUAAUUUGAGAUGUCACCUUGAGAACUCUAUGAGCCUGUUACUUAAGUGUGUUCUACCUUCAGUGUAUAUAGCUUGUAAGGAUGGUAAUUUUGCCUACCACAUUUGUACAUACUGACAUUUGGCUUUAAGGUCCUAUUUAUUUCAGAUUCUGUAUGGCAUGUGUUCAAAUAAUGAGUUUUACUGUUGUACAGUGGUUGAAGCCAUUGUAUUACGAUAUCAAAUUGUCAAAAUUGUUGAAGUAAAUAAAGAUUGAGAUGAAGACACUG